AUGCCUGCUGUCUGUAUCCUCAAUGACAUGCAUGUAAGCACUGUUCCACCAGAAAUAGCUCAGCUGAACGACUAUGAAAACAUUUUAAUCCAACGCGCUAAAGCGUUUCAGGUGGUUGUCACAAUGAAUCCUGUGGCUAGUAAACGUCUACCCAAUCGUCAGAUGGUUAAAAAAGUAAAGGGCAGGACUUUUCAUUUACCACUUCCGAAGGAAGAAACCCUAAAAAAACUCCCAAAACCUGAAGACGCAAUAAUUGAAAACCCAGAACUUUAUAUUAUAGUCCGAAGUACGCCAAACAAAGCAAAUAUUAUAUGGCAAGAUAUUGUUGACGUUAAUAAAGUGUACAAAGCAUUACAAUACUUAAAAAAUUUAAACGAACAUUAUGCUUAUAUCAAAUUAACAGAUUUACCUAAUCAGCUCAUAAACAUACAUGAAAAUAUUCAACAUAAUGUUACAAAUACACCAGAUAAUGCUGAAGAAGGCAUUUUAGAAGAUGGUACAGCAGCACUGUUGACCCAAAUCACAAGAGAAAAGGAAACUGAUUAUGAGCAUUACACCAUGUAUCCUUUGAAUGAACGGAAACAAAAUGCACCAGCUUCAGAACUCUACCAAAUGCUCAAAGUAAACACAGCACCGAUUGAUGCCCGAGAUAAAGACCUCGAUGUUAAAUGUUUUCCACAUUUAUAUGUAGAAGGAAAAUACGGCCAAUUUCAUAAUCGGCAGCAGAAAGUAACUUCUAGUGAAUUUAGUAAAGCCCGGCUUAUGUCAAAACAUCCUCAAUUUAGACAUAACCAACAGUAUUUAUUUUUAUUAUUGAAUGAUGCUAAUAUGUGCCAAUUAAACUCCGGAAUCUUUUAUAAAAUGAAUUGUGCUAAUCAGAGAGAUAAAAUUACGGCAGAACAGUAUCUCCAAAUGCUUAAAAAUGAUGAGCUGGAAGGUGAUUUGACCGCAAUAUUUGGCCGACUGAGAAACACCGAACAGUUCUGGAAGAAAUCAAGAAACGAUGUAAACUGUAUGACUCAAAAUUACGGUCCAGCAACUUGGUUUCUUACCAUGAGUCCCUCUGAGUGGAUGUGGGAGGAUUACAUCAGGCAGUAA